AUGGCACAUUCUUUGCGUAAUAUUUUGGUCCUGUCCAUUGCGAUUCCCAUUGCUCUCUCGAUUCCGACAACCGACUCCUCUCCCACGUCGCUCCGUCCCAAGGCAAUUUAUCCCCUGACAGAACGGCCAGCAGGUCCUCUCCGCAGGCUCCGAGAUGCCUUAAUUAAAAGAAUAUGGUCGAUACCCGACACACCUGUACACAGGCUCUCUUCCACUCCGCCCCCGAGCCACGCUCCAGAGAACUUCCGCGCUCGUUACGGAGGCGACGUGGUUCUACGCUUCCAGGUCAACACCGAAGAUGAAGCAAAGGCCCUAUCAGAGGCCACUGAUAUUUUAUAUUUGGACAUUUGGGAGUCAACAAAUGAGUGGGUGGACAUCAGGAUAGCUAAAGAUGUGGUGCCCUCUUUCAUCGGGCUGCUUCCAGCUUCACUGCGCGACUCAUAUACCCCGUUGAUGCAUGACCUUGCUCGUGCAGUGUACGACACAUAUCCAGACUUACCCUCGACCGAGGGAAGCCCUCUCAUCUCCGGUCUGACCACACCGCAUGACUGGCCAACCGGGAGGGGCACGCCUGAGGACUUAUUCUUCCAAGACUACCAGCCUCUUUCAGUGCUUUAUCCGUGGCUACGACUGAUUUCGUCCCUGUUUCCAAGUCAUGCUUCGUUGACCAGUCUCGGCCUCUCUACUGAAGGUCGAGAUAUUCCCGCUCUACGGGUCGGCGCACGACCUGACGACGUCCCAAACCACCCAGAUGGGUCGAGACAAACUCUGUUGAUAGUAGGUGGUACCCAUGCAAGAGAAUGGAUUUCGGUAUCUACUACAGCUUAUAUCGCUUACAACCUCGUCGCUCAAUAUGGUCAUCCUCAGUUUCCCUAUGUGACGAAAUUGCUAGACCAUUUCGACGUGGUGUUUGUGCCUGUACUCAACCCGGACGGCUACGAGUAUACCUGGACGACCGACCGCCUGUGGCGCAAGAAUCGCCAGUCAACGUCACUCUCAUUCUGCCCAGGUAUCGACCUGGGUCGCUCAUUUCCAUUUGGCUGGGAUGGUUUCGAUGACACGGACAACCCUUGCAGCGAUAGCUACGCUGGACCGGCGUCAUUGGCAGCCACCGAGGCGCAAGUCCUGUCUGAAUGGGCACGGAACGAGACAGACUACAACAAUGUGACAUUUGUAUCAUUCCUGGACCUCCACUCCUACUCGCAACAAGUCCUCUAUCCGUACAGCUACAGUUGCCAGGCCCCGCCCUCCCUUGAAGACUUGGAGGAGGUCGCUUUUGGACUGGCGAAAUCUUUCCGGUUGACCAACGGGCAUUAUUAUGGCGUGGAGAGCGCUUGUGAAGGAGGCAUUUCUUUCCAAGACCAAAGAAAGAAGACCCGGAUGCAGGCCGAAUCGCAAGGUGGCUCUGCCUUGGAUUUCUUCUACCAUGAUCUGAGUGUGAAGUUGUCCUUCCAGAUCAAACUCCGAGAUACCGGAAACUACGGCUUCUUAUUGCCUAAAUCCAACAUCGUGCCCACGGGAGAGGAAGCUUACGAGGCUGUUAUGGGAUUGGGACGAUGGCUGUUGGGAAAUCAUGGCAUUGAGAGUAUUGAUGACUCGGAUUCGAUCUGGGGCACUGAAGCUUCCAUCACGCCGCUCCACGACAAAGGUUUCUCUCAGCAAAGGGAGCAGGAGAAAUCCCCUCUGAAUGAGUACGACGACGAGUUUGACGAUGAAUCGGAAUUUGAAUUGCGAAGGAGGAGAAGGCGUUGA